GGGUCCGCAUAUAUAGCCAUGAUUUUCCAGCACUUCAUACCUCAGUCAUUACCUUUCAAUCUGUUAUCCUUACUUGUUUUAUUAUCCUCCACAGCUCUUGUAACGGCAGAAGACUUUGAUUGCCAUAAUGUGUUGACUGGAGGGUUGAAAUGGGACCUAACGCUGCUGAAGGGCUCGCACACAGUGACUAGGACACGAGAAUCGCCGCCUACCACUAUGGUGGAUGAGCUCAGAUUUAAUUUGUGCAAGAACCCGAAACAAAUGCAUGGUGUGCCAGACGAUGAGCAGUGUCAGACUGGGACAAGGGCAUGUUUGAGGAAGAUAAACAAGAAGCCCGAGUUGUCAGACCGGGUGAUUGCUGUCAUACCUGUCGCGUCGACGUCUGCCUUUGAGCCAGAAUAUUCACAGCUUGAUUCACCGAAAGGUCUCUCCUUGACAUUUCGCGGAGCCCCAUACCCCACCUUGUCUGAUGAUCCCCAGUCUAUCAAUUUCUCUCUCUUUUGUGCCGACGAUGCAGACCCCAAAGCAGAACCCACAUUUGUGUCAUAUGAGAACGGAACUGUGCGUGUCGAUUGGAGUACACCCGCAGCGUGUGGUUUGCCGGAUGAUCAACCUCCUUCACAAACCCCUCCACAAACCCCACCAGAAGAGGAUGACGAUACGCCUACGGAUGAAGGUGGUGAAGAGAGUGAUACGAAACCAGCGACGAGAGGCAGUGGACUUGGGUUUUUCUUCCUUGUCCUCCUCCUGGCAUUUGCAGCGUAUCUCGCACUAGGUGCAUACUACAACUAUUCCACAUAUGGUGCCCGCGGCGUGGAUCUUAUACCGCAUCGAGAUUUCUGGCGCGAGGUGCCAUACAUGUUGCAAGACGUUGUGUCUCAUCUAUGUUCAACGGUUCGACCACAACGGUCGACUCGUGGAGGGUAUAUUGCCGUAUGAUGAUCAUGUUCUGUCUUCUGGGACACGAUUCUGUUCAAGGAUUUCAGAUAUAGACAUGGUGCAUGCCUUUUUUACUUAAUUACCCUAACGCCUUUAUACUGUUAAACUACGCUGGAAACAGAAUGGAGGUGGGAAGUGAUUAAAGAUGUAAUGUCCUUCUGAAAUCGAUCCAGAUGAAAUUCACGAA